AUGCCUCCAUCAUGCACAUUCUUAGAUCUUCCUCUUGAGAUUCGUCUUGAAAUAUACAGCCAACUUCUGAUCCACCCUCCGCCUGAUAGACUCGCGCCGAAGACCAGACCCGCCGAAAGGCUACAUCCUGCCAUCCUUGCCGUCAACCGGCAAACACACGCCGAAGCCUCGCCUAUUCUCUAUACCAAGAACAUCUUCCUUGCCCACGGUGCCCUGCUCGCUUCUUUCCCACGGCUCCGACCAUGGUAUCCGCCGGUCAAGGAACGAGGGGUGCUUCCUCGUAUCCGGCGGUUCCACAUUCAGGUUCGGCUUGACUGUGACCCGGCCUACGACGCCGAGGCAGUCACGGCUGCUUUCAGCGGUGCAGACGAGCUUGUUGUGGAGGUCCGGCAGUCAAUGUUCCUCGGAGCAGAUCACGGCACACUACAACUGUUCGAAGGAGUUCGGAGUGUCAAGGCCGUGAGAAUUUACGGGAGCACGUUCGGCUUCGAGGAGUACGCACGUUGGCUGGAACAGCUGAUGAGCUCCGAGGCCGACAGUCUGAAGAUUGAGUUUGUUGGGAGGCAAUGA